CGUGAACUGGGUUCUGUAUUGCCACCAGUUUCAGACAACCAUGAGAGGCUGCAACAGGUUCCUCAUUGCAUGUGUGGUAGUGACUAUCAUUCUACAGAUGGUUACUGUCGAAGCAAAGUUGAAAAAGAAAACGUCAAUUUUCGAUAAAAUCAAGGGCUUUUUUAAGUCAAAGAAUGUGAAAAGCCGUAUGGUGAAGUUUUCGGAUAUAUUCAACUUGCCGGAUGACCUAUUCAGGAACGUUGUGUCGAUCUUCUCUGGGUUGACGGCUGCUGAAUCAACAGAUGCACUCCAGGACCUUCAGGGGAUGGACAAGGGUGACAUGACGGCAGACAGUCAGGAGAGAUUCCAAAUGCUCCUGGGGUUAUUACGUAGCAAAAAUGGGUCGCCAGCAACGUCCGGUUCAAGUUUGAUUCUGUUGGUGCCAACCUCCUUCCUCGUGGUCGUCAGCUUACUUGGGAGAAUACUUUAACGAUGUUCCCCAACGAGUUCUUGUCAUACUUAUAAUGCAAUAUGUAAGAUUAAACCUAUUCAGACAUUUAUCGCAACGUUUGUCGGUAACGAUUACAGCUUCUCUGUUGAACUUCCUCAAGUAAUCCAGCGCUCAUGUUCAUGUGUCGAUGUUGUCUUUCAUUUUUAUGAUCAUGUUUCGGAGUCAAAUACAAAA